AUGGCUGCCCCUGUGGAAGUGGGCGAGGGAGCGGCCCACCUCCCUCGGGCCCCAGAGGGGCGGGCCCCGGAAACCAAAGGGCUUCAACGGACCAGUGGGGAGAGACAAGGAGCCGGAACUAGCGAGGGCGUCGGCUGCAGGGCACUUUUGCUGCUGGAUUUUGCCCUGUUGGAUGCCACCGUCAGAGCUUCCGGUUUGAAUUCCAGCAGAGUUGAUCAGUCUCCACCCUAUUCAUAUACAUUUGGUAUCUGGUGCAAGGUACAGAAGGAGAGGAGGAGGAUGGCCUCUCAGGUGUCCAAGUAUCCUAGUGGCCCUGUGCUGGCGAGCUUUGUGCACCAGGUGCUGCAGGGAUUGAAUGUGUCUCGGUCGGAUAUUGAUACUGGACCCAGGCGAGGUGUUCCGUCAGUGUUUCCAGACGCCGGGAGAUCGCUGCAGCUUGGGCGGGUCUUCAGCUUGCACAACUACCGGCCGCAGCAGCAAAGGAUGAACGGAGCUCUAGGAAAGGUGCUGUGUCCAAGGAAUGAUACCAUUUUUAAGCAAGUCUUUUCUCUCUUAAGAUUCAGAACUUCAGGAGAAAAUCCCAUCUGUUCUGCAGGUGGCAUUCUGUUGAGCACCAGUCGACACUACAAGACAAAGCCUACCCAUGGCAUUGGAAGAUAUAAGCACCUAGUUAAAGCCCAGGAGCCCAAGAAGAAGAGAGGAAAAGUGGAAGUGAGACCCAUUAAUUUGGGAACAGAUUAUGAAUAUGGGGUUUUAAACAUUCACCUGACUGCAUACGACAUGGCCCUGGCAGAGAGUUAUGCCCAAUAUGUUCACAACCUCUGCAACCAUCUAUCCAUUAAAGUUGAGGAAAGUUAUGCGAUGCCCACCAAAACCAUGGAGGUAUUGCGGCUGCAAGAUCAAGGCAGCAAAAUGUUCUUGGACUCAGUUCUUACCACCCAUGAGCGAGUGGUUCAGAUCAGCGGUUUGAGUGCUACAUUUGCAGAGAUUUUCUUGGAAAUAAUCCAAAGCAAUCUUCCUGAAGGAGUCAGAUUGUCAGUGAAGGAGCACACUGAAGAAGACUUCAAAGGAAGGUUCAAAGCUCGGCCAGAACUGGAAGAACUGUUGGCUAAGUUGAACUAGCUCAUUGCAAACCCUUUCAAGCCAGGACUGGUGAUAUUGAGUGCCAAGGGGAAGAGCUUCCUGGGUGGUCAAAAUUAAGAAGAUCCUUUAGAUAUUGUAACUACCCAUCCCCAUUAGCCAGGAAUGCCUCCUCUCUUAUAUGGAGGAGUGUUGCUGAUUACCACUUUCCUUUGAGCCAACCUAAGACAUCCUUCAUCUAAUAAAAAUCUGCAGCUGGUGGA